AUGUCCUUCAAGGGCUUUCAGAAGUCCCUGGUCAGAGCGCCUCAAACGUUCAAAGCCAAGUUCAAUCUUGGUGAGCAAACCAAAGAUGCCGUCUAUAUGGAUGCGGAACGGCGAUUCCAGGAGCUGGAAACCGAGACGAAAAAACUGCAUGACGAAAGUAAGAAAUAUUUUGAAGCUAUCAAUGGUAUGAUGAACCAUCAAAUCGAAUUUUCUAAAGCGAUCGCCGAGAUAUACAAACCAAUAUCUGGAAGGAUGUCGGAUCCGGAUUCCAUCGUUCAAGAAGGAAAUCCAGAGGGAAUCAGGGCCUGUGAAGAAUAUGAAGAAAUCUGCAAGGAGCUCUUGGCAACUCUACAACCAGAGUUGGAGAUGAUUGAAGCAAGAGUUAUUCGACCCGCGGAUGAAUUAUUAGAGAUCAUUAAGGUGAUAAGGAAGACUUCACUCAAACGUCAACACAAGCAAUUGGAUUUUGAUCGACAUCGAGCUACGCUCAAGAAAUUGCAAGACAAGAAGGAAAAGAGCUUGAAGGAUGAGAAAGCCAUGUAUAAGGCGGAAAGUGAUGUUGAGCAAGCCACUCAAGAGUUCAAUUAUUACAACGACCUCUUGAAGGAUGAGUUACCUAAGCUCUUUACGUUAGAGCGCGAGUUUAUUCGACCAUUGUUCCAAUCGUUCUACUAUAUGCAACUUAAUGUAUUUUAUACCCUACACGAUAGGAUGCAAGGAUGCGAUAUUGGAUAUUUUAAUCUCCAGCUUGAUAUAGAGGAAGGUUUCGAGGCAAAACGAGGCGACAUCCGAGAACAGACAGAAGCACUUGCUAUUGUAAAGUUCAAGACGACUGGUGCCAAACGUCCACCAAAACCUCUUGCUCUCGGCGGUCCUAAACGUCUCGCCAUUGAGGACAAGCCAUCAUCUACAGAACUCAGCACGUCUCCGAACCGCCGCGCAUCCACCGACUUUUCAUCAUCGGAGAAGCCACCGCCACCUUACUCUUCCAUGUUAUCUCCUACCAAUCCCGGAAACACCGUGAUGCGAUCAGCGUCGACCGGAAGCUCAUGGGGGGCCGCUGCGAAAGCAAAGAAGGCGGCACCUCCACCCCCAAAGCCGAAGCCAUCAAGGCUCAGCGGUGCGCCAGCUACGGAGACUGCUGUCGCAUUGUAUGAUUAUGAGGCACAGGCCGAGGGUGAUUUAAGUUUCAGUGCGGGAGAGACCAUUGAUAUUGUGACCAGAACGGGUAAUGAAAAUGAAUGGUGGAUUGGAAAGAUUCAUGGAAAACAAGGUCAAUUCCCAGUCAGCAAUGAGCCGAGACUUUCGAAUAAAGGACUUCAGAGUAGAGCUUUACAGAGAGGAGAGGAAUUCACGGGAUAA